GGCCGGCGGCGCGGCCCCUUUAAGGCUUGGCCUACGUGGCAGCCGCUGGAGCUGCGGACGCGGAGCGGGCCGGCGGCCGGGCACUUCCUGUGGAGGCCGCAGCGGGCGCGGGCGCCGACGCCGACGGGCCGAGCGCCGAGCGAGCGAGCGAGCGAGCGAGCCGAGCCUCCCGCCGCCGCCAUGGGCCAGAACGACCUGAUGGGCACGGCCGAGGACUUCGCCGACCAGUUCCUGCGCGUGACCAAGCAGUACCUGCCGCACGUGGCGCGCCUGUGCCUGAUCAGCACCUUCCUGGAGGACGGCAUCCGCAUGUGGUUCCAGUGGAGCGAGCAGCGCGACUACAUCGACACGACCUGGGGCUGCGGCUACCUGCUCGCCUCCUGCUUCGUCUUCCUCAACCUGCUGGGCCAGCUGACCGGCUGCGUCCUGGUGCUGAGCCGGAACUUCGUGCAGCACGCCUGCUUCGGGCUCUUCGGCAUCAUCGCCCUGCAGACAAUCGCCUACAGCAUCCUGUGGGACUUGAAGUUUCUGAUGAGGAACCUGGCCCUGGGCGGCGGGCUGCUGCUGCUGCUGGCCGAGUCGCGCUCGGAAGGCAAGAGCAUGUUUGCAGGCGUGCCGACCAUGCGGGAGAGCUCCCCCAAACAGUACAUGCAGCUGGGCGGCCGUGUGCUGCUGGUGCUCAUGUUCAUGACCCUCCUGCACUUCGACGCUGGCUUCUUCUCUAUCCUGCAGAACAUUGUGGGGACAGCCCUCAUGAUCCUCGUGGCCAUUGGCUUUAAGACUAAGCUGGCCGCCUUGACUCUGGUUGUCUGGCUGUUCGUCAUCAAUGUGUACUUCAACGCCUUCUGGACCAUCCCCGUGUACAAGCCCAUGCAUGACUUCCUCAAGUACGAUUUCUUCCAAACCAUGUCGGUGAUUGGGGGCCUGCUCCUGGUGGUGGCGCUGGGCCCUGGGGGCGUCUCCAUGGAUGAGAAGAAGAAAGAGUGGUAACAGCCCCCCGGCUGCAGUGGGUGGACUGUGCCGCAGUCUGGCGGCCAGCGUUUCUGUCCCCUCCCCCCUGGUAAAGGCACAGAUGUUUGGAGAACUUUAUUUGCAGACGCCUGACGAUUGACGGUCCUAUCUGCUGGGCCCUGGCAGCCGACGGGGCACCCGCCUGUCUGGGCGGGCCCUGGCUCCCCAGGCUGUGGUCCUAGAUUUCUCUGGGGGGGUGGGGAGGACCUUGGCGCUGUCCUGUGAGCAGAUACACGGUGCAUCCUUCGAAGCAGCCUCGCUCCCUCUUCUUUUAAGUUUACGUUUUUAGCUCAAACUACUCAAUGAUUCGGGGUGGUCCCACCUGCAGCCCGUCACCCCGAUGCUGGAAGGGACGUGACCUCCAAGUCAGGGCGGCUGAAACUGCCCCAGCAGGGACCUGGCUUGGGUUGGCGCCCAGUGUUUCACGGGGUGACCCUGGGGGCCAGCCGCCCAGCCCUGCGAGCGGCAGGCCCUGGGGCGCAGAGCAGUUACCUCACAUCUGGCCUUCCCAAGGCUGCCACUCGCUCAGACCCCGUCUGUUUGUUAUGCCGAGUGCAGCCCAUUACUCUGUACGACUUGCGAUGCCUUACCGACCGGGUCCGAACCCUGUAUUUAAAGUUUUCUAACAUUGCCUUA